CCACUUCAUGAGCCUCAUAUCUCUUAUCUUGUGUGGAGUGAGUGUUUUGCUGAGUACCGAGAAUUUCAUGGCUUUUUCCAAUCUUCUCAAAUCCCAUAUACAAACCUUUGAAACUCCAAACUUUUCUUCUCCAUUUCUGCAACAUCAAAAACCUCAGUUUUUCUCAUUUCUACCAUUUCCUAAAACUCAUAAUCAAACUUCUUACACCUCUCUACACAUCACCUCUGCCUUAUCUUCCUCUACACCACCUUCCUCCAAAGAAGAAGCCAUUCUUCAAGCCAAAACCUGCCUCUCCACAACUCUAGAAAAGCCUCUCAACAACCCUAAACUCGCCGGAAAGCUCAAGAAACUUAAACAACCUAGAUUCCAAGUCGAAAUCCCGAUCAUCGACGACUCGCCCGCAUCCCUUUCGCAACUUGCUUUCGAUCUCUUCAACAACGUCUCCGUUAAACGGAAGGGAUCCAACGUAAAGAUUCUAAUCAUUUGGCCGAACUCAAACUCGAAAAACGCAGGUAUUGAGUCAUUUCGAUCUCAUUCGUCGCGUAAUAUCGAGCAUGCUGAUAUUGUUUCAGUCAUAAACAGUAAUGGAAGAUCAUUAACAUUUGAUUCUGUUGAGGUAGCAGUGUUUCUAGCACCAGAUAUUUCACAAAUUUCAUCCAUUAAAACUAUUUCUGAAAACUUGUAUCCAAAACCAGUAGUGAUACUAAACCCUAAAUGGGGAUAUGGGGAGGAGAAUGAUUUUGGUGAGCUGCAUGGAUUUAUAGGGUCAUUUGAGGUGAUUUAUUCAUUUUUGGGAUUGGAAGUUCAAGGCAUUUUGAGCAAGAGAAAAGGAGUGGUUUUUAAAUGUGUGAGAGAUGGGAUUGUAAGUGGUGAAAAGUGGACAAUUCUUGUUGAGGAGGAAGGAGGGGAAUUGAAAGUGGUUUCAAAAUUCAAGAUUAGACCAUCAAUUGGUGAAGUUGAGACUGUUUUGUAUAAUUUGAUGGCUAUUAAUUCUCCUAUUACAAAGUCUGCUAAGUUUUUGAAGGAUUUGGUGUCUAAUGUAACCGGAAAAAAGUAAAUUUAAUUCUCAUUUUUAUUGUUUA